AUGUCAUACUACAACAGAUACAGAGGCCAACGAAACUACGCACCUCAAGCAGAUACCGGUGCAGCAAUGGAUGAACCUGAUGCGAUCUUCGAAUUGGGCAAGAAUAAGAGAGUAACGGUUCGUCAGUUUCGAAAUAUAAACCUUAUUGACAUUAGGGAGUACUACGCAGAUGGAGCGUCAGGAGAAAUGAAACCAGGCAAAAAAGGUAUCUCUUUGACGGAAGAAGUGUACGACGAGUUACUCAAGCAUCGACAGAACAUUGACGAUGCGUUGCGGAGGUUUGGCUCCAAACGGCCUAGAACGAAGACUGUUAGCGUCCUUUCGGAUAGUGAGGAAACGAACGUAGAUGAAGAACCAGCUGGGAAGCCCUCCAGCCGGAACCGGGAAAAGCAAAGUCAGAUUAAGUCCGAAAACGGUUCAGAAAGACCAAAGGCCAGAAAAGAACGCAAAAGAAAAGAACCGGCACCACCACAGGCCCAACCGGACGAAAAAAGACGCAAGAACGAUGAACUAGAAUCCAAUGCACAGCUGGUUGUCCCGUCUACAGCGCCAUCCGCUCCUACUUUGCCCGAGAAACCAACUAAGAUUACCAAGACCAGCAGCCAAAAGACCAAAAUAGCUAGUAACCCAAGGCUUGACGACAUUCCGAAUGCAGCACAAUCGAUGCAGACAGCACAAUCAGCACAGACCAGUAAUCCAAGACUAGACGACCAUUUGCAUAAGCUCACGCCUCCUGUGAAGCCCACCAAAAACGAUUCUGAUUUGGACUCGAGCGACGAAGAUUUUGCACUGGCGCUGGAGUCAGAAUUCAACAAGGACGAUGACGACGCCGAUGAUGACGAUGAAGACGGUGACCGUACGGCCCUCAAUGACCACACAGAUGGGAACAUCAGCGAGGAAUCGUGA